GCUGGCGGCCUUAGGUGCUGCCGUUGUGUUGGCCCCGGUGAGGGAGAGGAGGCUCGGAGCCGCCGGAUCCGGAGCCGCCGCCCCAGGAGCCCCAGGCGGGCCCGAUUGAGCUACGAUAAUGUCGUUCAUCUUUGAGUGGAUCUAUAAUGGCUUCAGCAGUGUCCUGCAGUUUUUAGGACUCUACAAGAAAUCGGGAAAACUUGUGUUCUUGGGUUUGGACAAUGCAGGCAAAACAACCCUUUUGCACAUGCUCAAAGAUGAUAGAUUGGGCCAGCAUGUUCCAACACUACAUCCAACAUCUGAAGAGCUGACGAUUGCAGGAAUGACUUUUACAACCUUUGAUCUUGGUGGACACGAGCAAGCCCGGCGGGUUUGGAAAAACUAUUUACCAGCAAUUAAUGGGAUUGUCUUCCUGGUGGACUGUGCAGAUCAUCCUCGCCUCUUGGAAUCCAAAGUUGAACUCAAUGCACUAAUGACAGAUGAAACAAUAUCCAAUGUGCCAAUCCUUAUUUUGGGCAAUAAGAUUGACAGAUCAGAUGCGAUCAGUGAGGAGAGACUCCGUGAGAUAUUUGGGCUUUAUGGACAGACCACAGGAAAGGGAAACGUACCCCUGAAGGAGCUGAACGCCCGCCCCAUGGAGGUGUUCAUGUGCAGUGUGCUCAAGAGGCAGGGCUACGGCGAGGGUUUCCGCUGGCUUUCUCAAUACAUUGACUGAUGUGGGGGCAGUGAAAAUAAAAGCCUUUUGCUUCUCUGGACUGAUCCUGUUCACAGCUUCCUCGUGGACUUUUCUCUUAUGACACGGAAAGCUCUCCGACCACAUCCUGGCGUUGGGAAAGCCGGGAGGAGCCUUGGGCAGCUCUCUGAUGGCCCAGUGGUGACACUUGUUCUUUUCCACCCUUUGGGGGGGAGCAGAGUGCCUCCCCACGGGCUGGGUGAAGCCGGCUCUCGCUCUCUGGGGCUCUCGCCUGCCAGGGCGCUUUGCAGGGGCAGCUGAAAAGAACAACCUGUCUCACCACUGUAGUUGAUAGAAAAAGAAAACAAUUCUAUUUUUUAAAUAAGUGUUAUCAACGUAAUCCGUGUCCCUUCCAACUUCUUCAGUUAACGGUCACUUGUUUAGUCCAGAGUCUACAUUAGGGUUGUUUUUUUUUUUUAAAUCUAUUUAAUAGCAUUUAGAUAUUUUACAAAAAUACUGAGCAAAUAUAUUUGAGACCCACGGUAAAUCUAGGUUUGGGUGUGGCUGCUCUGUUGGACCAGGCAGAUUGUGGAUCAGAUGCUUUCAUGGCUGAGUGGUUCAGUGAAGUCUCUUGGAGUUCACCUGUCUUGGUGACUGCCUUGCCUUAGGAGGUGCUGGUCUGAGGUACUUUUUCCUCCUGCUGCAUAGAGCACUAGGAGAGGGACGACAUCUUGGUGUCCAGUUUUGUCAGCAGGUUUUCUGCAGCAGUAGAUUUGGGUCAUAAUUCUUUAUCAAAGGGGCUAAUCAUUUGCAAAAAAAAAAAAAAAUUAGAAAAGUGCACCACAUUCAAUU